AGGGUAUUUAAGUAGGCAAGGAGAAGCAAAGAGCAGGAGCCAGGAACCACAAAGAGCAGAGGAGAGUGCGAUUUCUCCUCUCAGAUUUCACCAGGACCCUAGAAAUCUGGAAAAGAGAGAAAAGGUGAGAUUGGAGCUGCUGCAGGGUGAUUGCGUGGGAACGGGAUGUUGGCAUCUGUCUGUCUCAAGAGACAAUGGGGAACUGGGGAAGAUGGUUGUGCUGCUUUUUUUAUAUAUUGCUCUUUGUUAGAAAAUCUGGUAACAAUUUGCCAGGUUUGUUUCCUUUUCCAAAGAAACACUGUCUUACAAACCUCAGGGUUUUUUUUCUGUUUGAGCACAGUUUAUGAGAUCAUAUUGUUUUCUUAAUACCUCUAAUUUUCUAUAAUGUUUUUGUAGAGCAACCCCCACAGCUGCUCAGUUUGGACCAUAAGUUGCCUUCUCCCUUUGCUUAUUUUAAUGAUGCCUUUUGAAUUAUUUGACCUCUCAUUAUUGCUUUUGAAGCCUCCCAUACAGUAGUUUCUACCAGCUUUACAGAAAGAUUAACAUGGAAAUGUUAGUUAAAUAUAAAUUAAAAGGAAAAACAAAAUGCAACCACAAAAACUGCAAUUUUUACUGCAAGACCAGCACAGAUAGGGCUCUCUCUCUCUCUCUCUCUCUCUCUCUCUCUCUCUCUGUUAGUUGCACUGAAGUCCCUCCAAAAACUUUGAAAAUAAGGCCAAGAGUCCCAAAUCCCAGCAGCAAGUGAAAAUCCGUGUGGACAUGUGACUCAGUUAAGAAACAAGCAGAGACAGACAGGAGGAUAAGAGACUGCAGCCAACAUGGUCUAUUCAGGGGCAGAGGAAGGGGGUGCGGUGGGGGUGGAUCGCCCCGGGUGUCUUCGCUGUCAGGGGGAGCUGCGCUGCUUUGCCGGUGGCAUUCCCUCCUUUCCCCUUCGUUUUGCCAGCUGGGGGAGGCUUAGGAGUCGCAGGUGGGCAGCGCAGUAAAUGUCCACCAUCGGUGGCUCAUUCCACCCCUGUGAGCAGCUUGCUUCGCCCCCGGCUGCACGGCGCAUUCACUGCUCCGUGCACCUGAGCAGCUAUCCUGCACCUGGGAGGGCACCAGUGUGGUGUAGUGGUUAAGAGUGGUAGACUUAUAAUCUGGUGAACCGGGUUCGUGUCUCCGCUCCUCCACAUGCUGCUGCUGGGUGACCUUGGGCCAGUCACGCUUCUCUGAAGUCUCUCAGCCCCACUCACCUCACAGAGUGUUUGUUGUGGGGGAGGAAGGGAAAGGAGAAUGCUAGCCGCUUUGAGACUCCUUCGGGUAGUGAUAAAGCGGGAUAUCAAAUCCAAACUCAGCACAAGAUAUUAUGGGCUGUCCCGUAAAUCCACUGGAUGAAAUAGCAGAAGAACGUUGCCUCAGGAGAGUGAGGAAAAUCCUCAGGGAUGAUUCACACCCUGGCCGGCACUUUGAUGAUGACCUGCCCUCGGGCAGAAGAUAUAGAAGCAUGAUUAGUCGCACCAACAGGGUAAAGAACAGCUUCUGUCUGUGGGCUGUUAGGCUGCUGAAUGAAGAGAACAACAGGGCAACUGACUUUCGGGUUUGGUGGGUGUGGGUCAGUAAACAAGGGGAAUUAAGACCAAGAGAGCUGAGUGGGGAGUGCUUGUGUAAUCUCACUGUAUACAAGUUGUACAAGUGACAAUAAAGUAUUUCAAUUUCAAUUUCUUCUCCACCGCUGGGUCUAUUCUGCUGCUGCCAACUUGCUGCAUGAGCAUGGGGUUGCUUCUCUCUGCCUCUCACUCCCGGCAUGUCUCCCUCUGUCUGAAAGUAAACUCUGAAACACACACACCUCCCAAGACACACAAAAGAAUGUUUUCCAGUUUCCGACAUUCAAUAUUUCUACAUGAGUUGAAUAGCUGGGGAGAGGGACUCUGUAAACAGAGGAAGAGAGCAGUAAGCAAAGGGCAAAUUGUCCAUAUCUUUAGACGACUGAGAUUAGGAAGGCCAACCCACAUCAUUGCCCUUGGAGAAGACAAGGAAAUGAUUUUUAAGAGGUGACCUGAGCACCUGGCAAAGUGUAUUUGGAAACAGGGUGUAGGUGUCUUUUGAUGCAAGAAUAAAUGUUUGGUUAUUUGCUUUUUGCAAAGCAAGGGUGCAGCGGCAGUACACACCUACACACUCUGGCCAAAGAACAACAGCCCAGGAUCCAAAAACCUCUUUGCUAAUAGUUAACAUUUUAAAUUCCGGGUGUCAACCAUAGCAUCUCAGCUGGCUGCAAGCCAGAGGGCGUGGUUGAGAGCCCGGCUCUCACUGCGAAUGAGCCCUGUGGUCAUGUUGGGCCUAACCCUUGUCACCUCACAAGUAGACUAGUGGAUGCUUGGUGAGACCAGAAGCCUUCUUGGGAAGGGUGGCUCCCAUAUGGAUAGGGUUCAGAAUGCAACAUGGUGGCUAAGACAUAACAUAGCAGUGGGGGCUAGAUUUCACCUCUGCCCUUGGUUACCCCCAAGUGAUGGGAAUCAAGUCUGUUUCAUUCUGAACAAUUUGGUUCCUUCAGCACCACAGCAGAGAUUUUGGGGCGGGGGAUGUGUGAGUUAUGUUACUUUGGGGUGAGUGGGAUGAUGGCAUUUGGGUCUCCCAUAUGCUCCAAAUCAUAGUCAUAGAAUUGCAGAGUUGGAAGGGGCCCGAUCCUCUGCAUUACUGGAAUCACACCUGAAUGUUCCGACUUGGGACAGUCCUGAUUUUGUUUGUUUGUUUCUUUGAUAACUGAGAAAUUCUUACCCGAGAUAUGCACCCAGGUUCCAACUGGUAACUCAGAGCAGGGCUUUUAGUGUGGCUGCCUCUGAUCUGUGGAACAGCAUUUCUGUCAAGAUAGGACAGGCACCCAGAAAAAAAUAGAAGACAUUUUUCUGUUCCAACAAGUUUUUGCCUUGACAGUCUGCUUGGCACUGGGUUUUUUUAUUUUGUAAGUUGCUACUAUUAGUUUUAGAAUAUUUUUGAACUGUUUUUAUUACAUUUUGUACUUUUUCCUGAGACAUGUGUCGAAAGCAAUAAAAUCAUAAUGAUAGGAAGAAGAGUACAUUUAUUUUUCUAAUGCAUGUGUUUAUCUUUUAAUUGUGACAGCAAGUUUGUUAAAAAGAAGAUGGCGUCUUCCAGAACACAGGAAAGAAGUAAAAUCAAACCACCUCAGAAAUAUCUCAAAGAAAGUAGCCUUGUAAAAAAGGGUGAACCUUCUGUUUAUGCAUUAGAACUGAAAAAGGCGUCUGAAACGUCUCCAAAGUACCAUCUAGGCAAAGAGAACUUGCAGAUCGCCAACAAAGUGAUCAUGAUGAUGGGAGCGUCUGGAUCAGGAAAAACCACUCUCAUCAAUGGGAUGAUCAACUACAUCCUGGGCGUGCAAUGGGGAGACGAAUUCCGGUUCAAACUUAUUCAUGAAAUGACAGGCAGAAACCAAGCAGAAAGCCAGACAUACGAAGUGAUGGCUUAUGUGGUGAACUAUCAAGAGGGUCUCAAGAUCCCUUGCUCCCUCACUUUUGUUGACACUCCAGGAUUCGGAGACACGAGAGGAAUAGAACAGGACAAAAAGUUAGUUGAGAAGAUCCGGGAGUUUUUCUCCAUCCCAGGAGGCAUUGACCACAUCGAUUGUGUCUGCUUUGUGGUCAAGGCUUCCACAAACCGCUUAACAGCAGCCGAGAAAUACAUCUUUGAUUCCGUGCUCUCGAUCUUUGGGAAAGAUAUCAAGGAGAACAUCCAGUUCCUGAUCACCUUUGCAGAUUCACAGACUCCCUUGGUCCUUGAGGCCAUUAAGACGGCCAACGUUCCAUGCGCCAAAGAUGGCAAGGGGAACCCCGUGCAUUUCAAAUUCAACAAUUCCGCCCUGUUUGCCAACAAUGUCGUGGGGGACGGGGAGAGCCCUAACUUUGACGAAAUGUUUUGGAAAAUGGGUACGAUCAGCAUGAAGACCUACUUUGACUCACUAAGCAAACUGAACACGAGGAGUUUGUCUUUGACGAAGGAAGUUCUCAGGGAGCGGAAAGAGUUGGAGACGGUUGUGCAGGGCCUGCUGCCCCAGAUCAAAACCGGGCUGGUCAAACUGGAAGAACUGAAGCAAACAGAACAAGCCCUUGACCAGCACAAAGCUGACAUGGCGGCCAACAGAGAUUUUGAGUAUGAGUUCCCAGUCACCGUCAAACUGAAGCAAGAUCUCUCUGGAGCUCAUCAAUAUGCAACCAACUGCAAGAACUGUGAGGUCACCUGCCACUAUCCUUGCUGGCAUACAUGGGACCUGCUGAACCGCUUUUGCUCCGCUAUCAGUUUCUUCUCAGGAAAAUGCAACGUUUGUCCCGGCAAGUGCUCAGCCAGUGACCACUGCAACCAGGAUUACCAAUUUAAGGACGAAAUAAGGAAAGAGAAGAAGACAUAUGCAGAGCUGAAGAAAAAGUACGAGUAUGCCUGCCAUGGGGUUAUGACAGCGGAGGAGCUGAUUUGGCACCUCAGCCAGGAGUACAUCGAGGUAAGAGAAAAUUUGUUCGGAAACAUCGAGAGAGCGUCUCAAAGCCUGAGGCGCCUGCAGGAAAUUGCCCUGAAGCCCAAUCCGCUCUCCACUCCAGAAUACAUCGACAUGCUCAUUGCGUCCGAAGAGGAGGAACGCAAGCUUGGAUAUCAGAAAAGGAUUCAGUUGCUGAAGGACGUGAAGAAAGAAGCAGAGAUCAUACAGAAGAUUGCAAAUAAGGAGGCUCUGCUGCCAGAGGAGGAGGAGAUGAUGAGCGAACGGGGGGACAAAAGCAAAUUCCGCUUGCUAGCCAGAUAUUGGAAGAGAAGGGCGAUGAAUAUUCUCCCUAAAUGAAGGGGCAACACAACAGCUCCUGUUCAGCCUUAGAUCUCUGUAUAAGCGCCCCCCCCCCCAAUAUCCUUUUCGCUAAGUGCAGGGACUCUGAGGCUGGAUCUACACUGACCUGUUCAAAAUUAUUAGAACGAUAUCAGAUAUAUUGUUCUAAAACGUCACAGGGCAGACUUGGAAAAAUAAAGUGUUUCUUACCUCCAUCAAAGCGCUGUCUCCCUACUGCUACUCUUCCUCUCUGUAGGCGGAGAAGAGAUGCAGAAUCUCCUCCUUCCCCCUCCAGAUUGCACAUUUAAUUAGGGGUUAAACCACCCCCUACUUAAACAUUAGCUCUGUCCCUGAACUGAUCUGGGUGCUUGACCCCUGGCCUGACUGAUCCAGGGGGAGAUCAGGGUGACUCUGCACAGCCCUAAUGGUUAAACAGCUCAUGCUUUCUUAAUAUUUAGGAUAAUUUACUAUAUAUCUGGAAAAGCUUUUAACUAGUUGGAAUCAGUGGAAGUUGUUUUUUGGGGGGGGAGGGAGGGACAAGUAAAAGUAGAAUUGCAUAAUAAUUAAACAAUAUUAGUUUUGCAUGUCGUGAUUAUGCUCUGCCCCCACAGCUGGAGGCAGCAGCUCUUCUGAAUAGCAUGUGCUGGAAGCUGCAGGAGGGGAGAGCACUGGUCUUGCGUUCGAGUCCUGCCAGGGGGCUAAGCCUUCAGGAGAACAGGAUGCUGAACUGGAUAGGCCGUUCUCUCCCCCCCCUCUCUCCCCCCUCCCUCUCUCUCUCUCUCUUUCUCUCUCUCUGCAAUGUUAAUAUUUUAUUGAAAUAAUUUCAGGUAUAAAAAAAUAAAGUGAUACAGAGGAAAAAGGGGGAAGGGGGAUAACAAAGAUGUGUAAGAAAAAAGAACAAUAUAGAAAAAUGCAAUGCAAUAUACUCUUAAACAUUCUUAUAUAAAUUGAUACAGGGUCGUUACUAUAAUACACAUGUAGAUGUUAAUAGCCAUAAACUUAUUCCAGAUGUUGUCAUGUUUAUCCAAACAAUGUUUAGCAGUGAAAAAUGGAUUGCAGAGAUGGAAUAUAACAUCAGAUGGACUUGUGUGUGUAAAGUAAAAAUAAAAAAGGGGAAAAGGGAGAGAAGCUCUAGUCUACAAAAGGUUUAUGAUGGAAACUUAAGAGCGGACUCUUCCCUAGUCUUUAUCAUCCUUGGACUAAACUGAAUUUAAUUGAGUUGGAAGUGAAGCUGUGAGCUUGCCAAAGAAGGUUCAUUACUGAGUUAUUUUAAGUUCGACAGCUUGCUCUACUCCCCGGGCUGAGAGAAAAAUGGCGAAAACAGGAUAUUUUUUAGGGACACUAUGAUUUUUGCAGCUGCUGCUAAUGUUGCAAAACACUGAAGCUCCGGACAGAGCAAUGGAGAACUUCUGAAACAGCAGCGGGACACUAGCUCUGCCCAAGGAAUGAUGGAGAACAGCAACUGACAAAAGAUAGACAAUAUAUUACAAGGACAGGAAGAAACAUCAUGGACAGAAUAACAAAAAGAACAAAGAGAGAGUUUAAAUGCUUCACCUGUAGGACUAUAAAUCAUUGAAUGUGUUAAUGCGAAUGGAAGUCGUUAAAAUUGCAUUUGGGGUAUAAGGGUUUGUUUUUCUGACUGGAGUGUGGUGGAAAUCUAUAAGAUUUUGGAACGCAGAAAUAAAGUAAAUCAAACCAUCAAUUCCAGCACGUGGGGGGGGGCACCUAAAUUGUACAAUUUGGCUUUUGAAUGAUUCAUAUUAUUAAUGGUAUUAUAAUGUGGCGUUGUUAUAAUGAGGCUUUUAUUGGAAUAUUGUAAUUGAAAACUAAUACAAAUGAUUUGCCAAACCAUGUCUUCGUCUGUAAGCAGCCCGUUCCUAGGUGGCGAGUGUUGUCAUAAUGUCAAGGCAUUUAUUACAGGGUCCCGGGUCUGGAUUCUUCCCAUUCUUCCCUCUCUCUCUCCGGCCAGGCGUCUCUUUUGCUCUGUGCGCCCCCUGGAGGCGGGGGGGGGGCUCUGCUCCCAGAGCAUCUUCCUGGCCUCCCCCCCCCCGAAGAAUAAUUCUGGGGGUGCAGCAGCAACAGCCCCCCUCCCCCUGCUGAGUCUCUCUGGCAGACCUGGGGGGGGGGGGGCUGAGGAGGACCAGACCGGCUUGCAACUCGCAGCCCAAGCAGCACCGCCAGCCUCUUCUGGGGUUUUAGAAAAACAUGAACUUGGGCGGGAGCCUCUGACAACGGAGAUAUGGCCGCUGACUCGCGCGAGGGCGGGGGUGGCGGGUGUACACGGGACUGGCUUGAAUUCCCACGUGCGCGUGGCUGCGCGCAUGCAGGGGUUGAAGUGCAGCGAAAUCUCCGCUUCCUGUCCUCUUUAGGAAUCCAGCUCAGCUCCUUUUUUUUUAAUUAUUAGUUUUCACAUAUUACAGUACUGUACUUUACAAUACAGAUGUACCAAAGUCAAGACCAUUGCCUUCCCACCCCCCAUACAUUUACAUUUCCUCAAUCCAUCAUAUUAUUCAUUUCUCCUUCCUCCCACUUGCCUCCGCCCCCACUCGAUUUCCUCCACAUUAUACAAUUUGCAUUCUACAACCUUCUCAAAUCAUCUAUAUAUUCCUAUUAUCUUUCCUUACUAAUUUUUCUUCCAUCCAAUACUUCGCAUUUUAAUCUAGGCAUAUUAGCAUAUCUUUUUUUGAGCAACAUUUUGCCAUAUAUUCAUCAAAACAUUUCCACUCUUUUUAAAAUUUUUGAUUCGACUGAUUUCUUAUUAUAGCAGUUAAUUUUGCCAAAAUUAAAUAUUCAUUUAGUUUACAGAUCGAUUCCUCCUUUGUGGGUAUAGUUUGUGACUUCCACCUAGCAGCAAUCACUCUUCUAGCCAGCUCAGCUCCUUUUAACCCUUGCAAAGCCGAGGGCACCGAGCCCGCCUCUCCCUCUCCAUGCGCGCAGAUUUCCUGCUUCUGCCCCUGCGCUCAAGGGGCUGCCCCCCUUCCCUCCCUCUGCCCCAAGGAGCCCACAUCUAAGCAGACUAACAGCAAGGGAGACGGGGGUGGCCAUGGGGGCGGGCGGGUUAUCUUGGCUCUGCCCCUCCCCCAAAAUAGAGGCUCCAGGAUCCCAAGGAAAGGCUGGGAUGGAGAAGAGGCGAAAGUCUGCGCGGUGGCAGGAGGUGUCUUGGGCUCAGAAAUGGCUCCAUCAAGACACCCCCUGGGGGAAAACCCUCCAGCUCAGCGAGGAUGGAGGAGGGGUUUCCCAGACAGGAGAUCCCCCCUGAUGGGAAAUUCUGCCUUUGCACAUGAGUCUGGGAAUGUUCAGUUCACAUUGAGUUCAUGAAACACUGUACCCUGACCUGUUCUUAACGCAUUGUUGACCACAUCUACGGAAUGCGAUUGUUAUGCCUUUUCAAGUCAUGCAAUAUCAAUCAUUAGUAAUUGUGUAUUAUCAAUCACUAGUAAUAGUUUAACAAGGAGGAUUUCAUACCUGUCUAACCAUGUGUUCCCUUUCCCAACCUUUAAUCUAUUGAUGAUUAAUGCCUAUAUUCAACUAUAAUCAACCUUUGCAUUGUAUUUGUGUUAACCAAUCAGCAACAAGCACAUAUCUGGUAAUGCUGUAAUAUUCAAUAAAAGGGACUCGCCGAGACCUGCUCGGCAGAUGCCUCCCAUAUGACACUUGCCAUUCGUCUGUCGUUUAUUUCAACCCAACACCCCCCCCCCCGAAAAUGAUCUCUUCCCCCCCGCCAAGCGGAUUUUCCUGCUUCUGCAGCCGCUUUCUAUCCCAGGAAAAAUAGAGGGAAAAGUGUCCCAUGCAAGGAAUGAAACGCACACGCGAUCCUUUGGGUUUGGGAGACUCAAGGGGGGGCAGAUGUGGAAGCCCCCCCCCUUAGGAGAAAAGAAAUGACCAUGCCUGCCUGCAUCGGAGAGUAGGACUUACUUCUGAGUAAGCAUGCAUCGGUUGGGGCUGCAUAGCAAUGCUUCCAAAAGUGAUGGGAUCAGUGUGCGGAUCUUACAAAAUUAAUGCCGUGCUCUUAUAAAUGCACAGGGAUAAGUGCAUUCACACAUACAAGGGUUCACAAACCCCUGCGUGUAACUGCAGGUGAUGCAAUAGGGACCCUUUUGCUGGGAGUUUCCUGAAGGGAUCUGCUUCACUUGGAAAGCCAAGAAAGAAAAGGGUGUGUAGAUUCUGAACGUGGCUGCCAGCGUUUCCCUUUUUUAAGGGAAAUUCCCUUAUUCCGAAUAGGAUUCCUCGCACGAAGAGGGAAAAGUUGACAGUUAUGAUUCUGAAAGCGGAGGAAUUCUGGAGGAAGAAUUAGAAGGAGCUGGGAGAUCCUGCACAGGUGGAAUCUCAUGAAGAAGAGCAAGUCAGAAUUAUUGGGGCUGGACUUGUGUUGUUUUCUUUGCGAAAAGAAAGACUCGGGUUUCUAACAUAUGGCUUAUGAAUUUCUAACCUGGAAUGUGAUGGACUAAAUUUGAUAUCCGAAAGGCAUAAGAUAACACAUGUAUUAAGAAAGCAGAAAUGAGAUUUAAUUUGCAGAAGAACCACGUAAAAAGGACCCGUGGAAAAUGGUUAAUCAGUAAAGCUUGAGGCCAAUAAUUUAUACCUUCAGAUAAAUCGAAAAAGAGAGGUUCUUUAUGCCUGCCCCAAAGCGGAUAUUUAAGGACUGUGAGGGAAGAAUUCUUGGUUCCGAAGUGACAUUGCCAGGAAGGAAUAAAAGUCCUGGUGUUAGGAUCAUACGCAGCAAAUGAAAAGAAAUCGGACUUUUAAAUGCUGGGAGGGAUGCAGGCAGUGGCGAAGGGAUUGUUUAUACAGCCUUUCUAGAGAGAGAGAAGCUUGAAAAGCGAGAGAAAUGAAGAGAAAUGAGGGCGAAUUAGAAGAAAUCCCCCGAUAAACGAGGGAGCCCAGGGAUACUGCAGCCUGGCCUGCCAGGAACCGGCCUCCUUGGCGCCUAAAACUGAGGCGAGGCUCAGAUUUUGAAAGGCGGGCAGUUGGGAAAAGGCGGGAAAAGUCGUUUCCCUCAGAGCCGCUGAGGGGAGGAAGCAGCGGGGGGAGGGGCUCCUUCUCGCUUGCCCCUCAGACACACGCAGAGACACAACGGGGACCCUCUUGUGAGGGGAGCAGAAAGGAGGGCUCUCAGACAAAGGGGCGGCAGGGGGGUCUCUCGUCUCUUUCCCCCCCUCACAACCCCAUUGCGUUCCUCUCAUGGUGGAAGGCGUUGGAGAAAAGAAGCGACCAUGCCUGCCUUCAAAGACUGAGGUUCUGUUUCAACCUCUGCUUGCAAAAGGUUUCAACCGACACCCAAAAGAAGGGGGUCCCUUCGGGGAAUGGUUGAUCUUGACAACCUGAGUUGCUGGAGACACUACAGAUGAGACAAAGCAGAUGUUGGACACGACAAGUGGGAAUACUCCCUCAGAGGCUCCUUUCCUUGCUGGUGUUACAACUAAAGGAAGAACGUGUCAGAAGUCGGUGGUUUGCCUUGAAAGAGGGACAGAUUUACAGUUGAGAGGUGACUCAAGAUAACAAGGGGAAAUAGCAGGUGGUAGCUGAAGAAUGAGUGCACAUGCUCAAAUGCUUCAUGAAUAUUAUAGAACACACCUCUGUGGGAGAAAUGGCUAAUUUGAAUGACCAGGUAAUGUAUGUAACAGGUGGGAGAACAUAUUAAGGAGCAAAAAUGAAGGCGGCCUUGCAGGAAGCACCUUUGGGUGUCAGCGCUCACGGGGUAUCCUCAGCCGCCUUCCUGCCAAGAUGGCAUUGCCUCCACUGGGCAGCCUCUUUCCUCGCCAUGUUUGCCCAACAGAGGAGGCCUCUCCAUUGGAAGAGGCCAGGCAAGCGGCUUCAGAAGAGGAAGCCAUUUUGGAGAAGAAACAAGCUUGGCUGUUGUCUGCUGAGGGUCUCCUGCCUUUCUUCCAAGGCUUCCUGGGGGCUGCAAUGCCCAGAGGAAGACAGCCCCCCCAGCCUGAAUCCCCUGCAGGGCCCUGGGCAGCAACCAGAGCCUGCAUCAGUUUCCUUUCCCAAGGCCUUGGAGGAACCUUGGGGUGCGGAAGGAGGAACCCCAAAUGGAGAUCAGGCUCCUGACAAAUGGGGAAAGGAACUUUAUAUGGCCUCUGUUAAAGAAAACUCUGGGUUGAGAGACUACUCAGCAGCCCAGCUCGUUGGGGUACAAGUCCCCAACUGGUCCAUGUGGUCAGUAAAAGAAGGAAAUUCCAGCCAAGUAAUUUGGAGCAAAACAGCAGUCAGUAGACUUAGAGCCUUUAUUGUUGCGCAACAGGUUCAAAUAGCAGUAUGAACUCUGAGCAUGGGGCGACAUUAACUUUUAAAACUUUUGCACCAUAUACCAGAAUAUCCACCCUCCCUUCCCCACAGGUGGGCGGGUGCCACCUACCUGCUUGAUCCGGCCUUUGACCUGCCCUUGGCCAGGGAGGACAAUGGCCGGCCGGGGGUGGUCCUAAGGCCAAAAGGAAAGAGGAUGACUCCGUUGCUCAAGCCUCUUUUGCUGUUCUUCCUUCCAGGAUCAGGAUCACGAUCAGGAGCGUGUCCAGGUGGCUGGAUUGAGGUAAGUAGCCGGCCUUCUUUGCUUUGCCUGGAUGGGGGGCGGGGGAUAGAUUUGGCCCCUCCGCCAGGCUAGGCCACAUUUUUGGCGUGCUCGGUUGGGCACAUUGCGGCCUUUUCGGCUUUUUGUCCGCAGUGUGGGAGGGAGCUUGACUGCUCUGCCACUGGCUGCUGGCCUGAGCCCCAGCAGGGCUUCUAGUGCGGCCUGCUCGCCUUUUGCGGUGGCGGGGGAGGCAUCGCUUAACGCCGGCCCGGGGCCCCUGCUGACCCGGGAGGACAUCGCGGGCCCGGCUAGACCGCAAACACGGCCUGAUUGCCUUUUGCGGCGGGAGGGGGGAUCAUCACUACAUUGCACAGAAUCAUCAAUACAUCAUUGCUACAUCACUAAAAUGUCAGAAAGGGGAGGGUUACACCAGAUUAGCAUAGGCAAAUGUGUCAGGACAACACCCAAGUAUAAGAUUAGCAUAGGCAAACAUGUCUUAAGUACCCACCACCCAAAAGUACAACAGAACUUCCUUUGCAUGUCUGGAGCCUGAGGCAUGUCCGGUGAUGAGAUCUGGCUUCCCUUGGAGAACAAUGAGCCCAGCAAUUGUCACCUCUGGGCAUUUCCUGGGUUAGGAGGUGUGUAUACAUGUCUUCACACUUGGAGAGGUGGCAGGGGAAAGAGUCCUUUUUCCAAGGGCAAUGGAAUGGAGGAAACUGGCAAAGGAGGUAAUUUUAUAUUUUUAAAGCUAAGUAUCUUCCCUGAGCUGUCAAGUUGAAAGGAUAAAUUCAGGCAGAAUAUUUGUAACAUUUAACAAUUUUAAUGAUGUGCCCCCCCCCGGUCAUUUCCAUCACACAUCUUUCCAGAAUAGUCUAGGAAUUGCCUCCAAGGUCCAGGGACUGAUCUGCCCUGGCUUCCUUCUCGGAGGUCCCUUCCGAAGGAGAAGGGGUCCCAGGUCUCCAUGGAGGGGAAGCAUCCCUGAGGCCUGCAUUUGAGGCCGAUGCUUUCGCCUUUCAGGCUCCGGCCACCUUCUCUGUGGUGUUUAUAUGUGAGCUGUAGAGAUGGGAUCACAUGCAGACAUCCCCAAAUUUCAUAAGGAUCCUGUGAAAAAGAUGGGUUCUGCUUUGGAAUAAUGCCCCCCCCCAAACCACCUGUAAAAUGAACUUCACAGCAUGAAAAUAAUAUGUUUUAAAAUUUGUCGCUGAUUCAUUUUUUGAAUGUUUUAAAGAGUUGUUCCUACCAAAAAUUUUAGUGUUUCAGUCUCAUUAUAAAUCAUUUUCAUAUUUAUUUAUUUUUUUAAUUCAGUCAUGUGUAUGUAGGAGAAAUUCAAAAAGAGAAUCCUAGACUGGAGGUUACCCGCAGAAAACCAAAAGAAAAGGAGGAAGUGUCCAAGUGGAAAGAUAAGCCUUUAUUGAAUACAAUUGUGCCUGCAAAGAGCCACAUCCCAAAAAGUGUUGCCACAGAAACUAGGGAGCUAAAGAUGCUCUUCUGGCAGAGGGGUAAAAUGUCAUGGCAAAAGUCUUGAGGGUAGAAACUGGAAAAUACAUUCAAAGCACUGAUACGGUUUCUGACCUGUAUGAGUUCUUUGAUGGGAAGUGAGACGAACUGUGACAAAAGCUCUUUCCACGCUCAUGGCAUUGAAAAGAUUUCUCCCCUGUAUGAAUUCUUUGAUGGCUAGUGAGCUUGGCCCCUCUCCCGGAAGCUUCAUUUAGUCUCCAUCUUCUAUGUGUUAAUUGUUCCCUUUGACAUAUAACUAAUACUGAAUAGUGGUCUUAAGGUUGUUUCUCAGUUGUAUUUCCACUUUCCAACAAAAGAGCCAAUUAUUUUGUUGCCCACACCGCAUCUCUUCUACUUGUUGAGUUUUAAGCAUUAUAAUAAAAUGUAUAUUCCCUGUCUAAUGGAUGUUUGUCUCCAUAAGUCCACUAAUUUGUUGUCAUGUACAAAAAGGAAUUAGCCAUUUCCCCCUCCAUUUGUGUCCAAUUUCUAUAUUAUCCUGCCUAACCUAAUGAAAUGGCCCCAUUUAGAUCUCCCAUUAACAUUAUAUUCCCUAUAAAGUUUAUAUCCCCCCUUUAUAAAGUUCAGAUGUCCUCUCAUUGGGAGCAUAUAUUCCCAAAAUUAUCCAUCGCUGCCCUCUGACGAAGAAAUGACCAGUCCAUAAUUUUAACGGUAGGUUUAUUGUAGCUGUGAAAGACAGAAUAACAACAGGAAAACCCCCAGAAACCCAGAAGACAAAAGUCAGAGAUUGAUGUGCAUUAUAAUGAGUGAAAUAAGUACUUGAUCCCCUAUCAACCAGCCAGAUGUCAAAUCUACCUGGUAUCUUCACUGUAUGUAAUAAACUGAGAUUAGAAGCACUUGGUGUAAGGGAGAAGUCUUACCUGUUAUCCCAGGUCGUUACAGUACCUGUGCAAAAGACACCUGUUGACAGAAGCAAUCAAUCUUACCAGGGCAUUGAAAAUGGGUCGAGGAUAGGUAUUCCAGCAUGAAAAUGACCCAAAACACAUGGCCAAGGCAACAAAGGAAUGGCUCAAGAAGAAGCACAUUAAGGUCCUGGAGUGGCCUAGCCAGUCUCCAGACCUUAAUCCCAUCAAAAAUCUGUGGAGGGAGCUGAAGGUUCGAGUAGCUACACAUCAGCCUUGAAAUCUUACUGAGUUGGAGAGGAUCUGCAAAGAGGAGUGGGACAAAAUACCUCCUGAGAUGUGUGCAAACCUGGUGGCCACCUACAAGAAACGUCUGACCUCUGUAAUUGCCAACAAGUGUUUUGCCACCAUGUACUAAGUCAUCUUUUGCAAAGGGAUCAAAUACUUAUUUCACUCAUUAUAAUGCACAGCACAUCAAUCUCUGACUUUUGUCUUCUGGGUUUCUGGGGGUUUUCUUGUUGUUAUUCUGUCUCUCACAGCUACAAAUAAACAUACCAUUAAAAUUAAGGAUGGCUUAUUUCUUUGUCAGAGGGCAAACAGGCAAAUUUAGCAGGGGAUCAAAUACUCACCCCCCCUCACUGUAACUCCUGACCACUUUUGUCCUUUAUUAUGGUAAUUUUUGCCCGAAAUGUUCCUAUCAUAUCUCCAAUUUUCUUGAACAGAUCUUUGGUGUUUCCCAUUCUAUUGUUAUAUGAUACAAAUGUGAUAAAGGGUAUUUUUAGUUAUUCUCACCUGUCCCUUUCUCUUUCCCAUUCAACUGUGUUUGGUACGGAUUGUUUAAUAAUUUUUGCUUUAUUACUUUUCUUUUUUGGUCUUCCCUCUGCAUGAAUUCUUUGAUGGGAAGUGAGUUGAUCCUUCCGAAUGAAACUCUUUCCACAGUCCAAGCACUGAUAGGGUUUCUCCCCUGUAUGAAUUCUUUGGUGCAAAGUGAGAGUCUGCCUGUGACUGAAGCUCUUCCCACAUUCCAGGCAUGGAUAUGGUUUCUCCCCUGUAUGAAUUCUUUGAUGGGAAGUGAGAUCACCUCUCUGACGAAAGCUCUUUCCACAUUCCAAGCACUGAUAUGGUUUCUGCCCUGUAUGAAUUCUUUGAUGGGAAGUGAGAUUGGAGCUCUGACUGAAGCUCUUUCCACAUUCGAAGCACUGAUAGGGUUUCUCCCCUGUAUGAAUUCUUUGAUGGGAAGUGAGACUAUUAUUCCGAUUGAACCUCAUCCCACAUUCCAAGCACUGAUAGGGUUUCUUCCCAGUAUGAAUUCUUUGAUGGGAAGUGAGACCGGAACUGUGAUGAAAGCUCUUUUCACACUCAUGGCAUUGAAAAGGUCUCUCCCCUGUAUGAAUUCUUUGAUGGGAAGAGAGAUUUGACCUAUCCCUGAAGCUCUUUCCACAUUCCAGGCACUGAUAGGGUUUCUCACCUGUAUGAAUUCUAAGAUGGGAAGUGAGAUUAUGGCUGAUACUGAAGCUCUUUCCACAUUCGAAGCACUGAUAGGGUUUUUCCCCUGUAUGAAUUAUUUGAUGAGAACUGAGAUGGGAACUUUUUCUGAAGCUCUUCCCACAUUCGAAGCACUGAUAGGGUUUCUCCCCCAUAUGAAUUCUUUGAUGGGAAGUGAGAUGAUGCUUCCGAUUGAAGCUCUUCCCACACUGCAAGCAAUGAUAGGGUUUCUCCCCUGUAUGAAUUCUUUGAUGGGAAGUGAGAUGGUAGCUGUAACUAAAGCUCUUUCCACAUUCCAUGCAGUUAUAGGGUUUCUCUCCUGUAUGAAUUCUAUGAUGGGAAGCGAGACUGCCCUUCCGAGUGAAACUCUUUCCACAUUCUCUGCACUGAUACAAUUUCUCCCUACUCUUUGUUCUUUCGUGUGAAGUGAAGCUAUCCCUCCUAACGAAGCUCUUUCUUUGAUGGGAGGUGGACUGGGAGCUCUGACGGAUGUUCUCUCCACACUCUGAAUAUUUAUAUGACUUCUCUGCUAUGUGGAUUCUGUUCUGGUCCCCCUUGUUCUUCUCUUCCAAUUCUUCACCAUCUGCAAUGAAAAGAGAUGCUAAUUAGAGCCUCGGAAAGAAAUGGCGCUCCAGAUUAUUGAACAAAGUCCCCCACUGCGAGAAUUGAGAGUGCUCCGUUUCAGCCUCAAGCAGACAUCCUUGGAGUCUAACUUAAUGUCAUUGUUGAUGUGUGGCAUCUUCAACCCCUCAGCAUUUCAGCACGCCUGCGGGGCACCUGACUCUCUUGAAACCGGUGGGGCCACACUGCCAGCAUACUGUGACAGGUGACACAGAAGCAUCAAAUCCAACACCUGACCCCCUCCCCCCGCAAUGCACUGCCACGUUAAUGUAAGUCAUGCAAACUCUGCAUCGCUGUCCUGGACCCAAACCCCACUCAGAGCGAAGGUGACAUGGUUCACAUCCAUUAUUGAACAAAGUUCAUAGAAUCAUAGAGUUGGAAGAGACCACAAGGGCCAUCGAGUCCAACCCCCUGCCAAGCAGGAAACACCAUCAGAGCACUCCUGACAUAUGGUUGUCAAGCCUCUGCUUAAAGACCUCCAAAGAAGGAGACUCCACCACACUCCUUGGCAGCAAAUUCCACUGUCGAACAGCUCUUACUGUCAGGAAGUUCUUCCUAAUGUUUAGGUGGAAUCUUCUUUCUUGUAGUUUGGAUCCAUUGCUCCGUGUCCGCUUCUCUGGAGCAGCAGAAAACAACCUUUCUCCCUCCUCUAUGUGACAUCCUUUUAUAUAUUUGAACAUGGCUAUCAUAUCACCCCUUAACCUCCUCUUCUCCAGGCUAAACAUGCCCAGCUCUCUUAGCCGUUCCUCAUAAGGCAUCGUUUCCAGGCCUUUGACCAUUUUGGUUGCCCUCCUCUGGACACGUUCCAGUUUGUCAGUGUCCUUCUUGAACUGUGGUGCCCAGAACUCGACACAGUACUCCAGGUGAGGUCUGACCAGAGCAGAAUACAGUGGCACUAUUACUUCCCUUGAUCUAGAUGCCAUACUCCUAUUGAUGCAGCCCAGAAUUGCAUUGGCUUUUUUAGCUGCCGUGUCACACUGUUGGCUCAUGUCAAGUUUGUGGUCAACCAAGACUCCUAGAUCCUUUUCACAUGUACUGCUCUCAAGCCAGGUGUCCCCCAUCUUGUAUUUGUGCCUCUCAUUUUUUUUGCCCAAGUGCAAUACUUUACAUUUCUCCCUGUUAAAAUUCAUCUUGUUUGUUUUGGCCCAGUUCUCUAAUCUGUCAAGGUUAAUAAAUGCUUGUGACAGAGGAAGAACUGGAGAGAUUUAGGUGUGAGGCCUUACUAUAGUUUUCACUGCCUUUGUUGACUGGUAUUAACUGACAUAUUGCUUGGCCUUAAUCUGGGAUAGAUUUUGUUUGGCGCAAUCCUGGAAUCCACUCCAUCUCCAAGGUCAGUCAAAUGCAGACAGAGCCAAAACAACAGACCUCACAGAAGUUAUUUCAACUUCCCUAAAAGCUCUGAAGCCAAUAUUGAAGAAGGCCUGGGAGGUUCAGACAAGCCUGGUCCUUGUUUAAAAAGGCAUGAUUAGAUGGAGAACAUUCAGAGAGGAAAGAGUUGAUAUCCCUCCAUUCAGGGUUCACAGUGGGGAUGUUAGAAUCCCAGACGCUGUUGGUCUCCCUCCAAACAGUGGAGGUUCAGGCAGGCAGGUUCAGGCAGGCAGGUGGAGGAGCCUGAAAAGGUGCUCUCCUUCUCCAUCUCCAUCAGCCUGCCUGCCUCCCCCCACCCCCAAGCUGAGCAAGCCCCAAUACCUCUCCAGCUCCAUCCAUCCAAGUCACCAGAUCUCUUGGAGGUCCCUGAGAGGGAACGCUCAGAGGUUGUGGGGAGGGAUGCGGGAGACAACCUGACCAGGUCAACCGUCCAUCUUCCCCCUUCCAUCCUCGCUAGCUUUGCAGGAUCCGUCUCUUUCAUCCUUCCUAAGGAGUUGAGGAGCCUGGGAGAGAGGAAGAAGCAAAGGGAACCUCAGAGGCCCUGCAGGGAUUCUCCUGCCCUAGAUAUUCUUCUGCCCCUGGAGAAGCACAAAUGGGGCAGCCCCUUCCCAACAGAAGCCCUUUCCCUAAACAUCUCCAGUGGCUCCAAUUUCACCUGUUUGCUCCUCACCCCACUUCCUAAGGCUGGCAUGGUCUGCACAGUAGUGACCAGAGAGUAGAUCCCAUUGAACUCAGUGGGGCUUAUGGACAGAACUUGGUGGCAAAACCAGUGGCGCCCUGUCCCCAAUCCUGAAAACUGCAACCCCAGAGCAUGGGCAGAAAGUAGACAAGUAGCUAUGACAUGUGGGUGCCCCCAUGCUAGGUGCUUUGAAUGGAGAGCCCAGUUCACACACUUUGAGCUCUCUCACUGCAAGCCAGGCAGAUGUUGUGGCCCUAUUUGCCUCUGUCAGGGGUUGCCUGGGGACCAAAUCUGUAUGUGGAAGCAGAGGAGCUGGUGAUUCCACAUUUCUGAAAUAUGAGACGAAUACACCACUCCUCCUUAGAUAUUGUCUGUGUUUAUACACAACCUUCGCAAGUCUCCAGUCUCAAAAUGUGGCCCCCACCCUGGCAUGGAAGCCAUCAAAGUAUAGAUCUUCCACAUGUCCUAAAUCUGUAGUGUUCUUAAGAACACCAGGCAUGUAUACCCUUUAUAAACUCCAGAGGUGAGCUUUACACUCCUCUUGUGACAAGAUUCCCAAAGGCUGAGGGUAGCUUGAAAGAACUAGCCUCUUUUGAGACUGCACCAAUUUCCAUUUCUUUUUUAUCAAAACCCACAGGCGCUCUGCUAGAUUUUUCCAGAAGGUUUUACAAGUACCUAUCAGGAUGGUUAGAAUUUUAUUACAGUCAGCCAAAAAGGAUUUUAUGCGUUCCAUGUCCUCUGUUAAUAGUACAAGCCACCCAGUGACUGAUAAUCCCUCCUCAUAAGGUUGGGAGGAGUCUUUUAUCCUUGUUUAGCAUUUCCUGAGGAUAGAUCUGAAAUCUGCUUUCACAUUAGUUUGUCUACUUGUUUAGCCUGAAUAGGGGAGAGACAUGUUUUGUUGCAUCUGGGACAGAGGAAGUGGUCCGGUUGUGCUGCUGCAGAUGCAGAAGGGCUUUUCUUCUCCCUGUGCUCCUCCCAUGUGCAAAUGUUCCCGUCUGGCUACGGCCUCUGUUAACAAAUCUGACUUAUCCCUCAAUCUGAAGGGGGUUUCUUUGCAUGCCCCCAUGCUGUGGCGUAGCAUGGUCAGGUGUUAGCCGGUGCGGAAAAUUUCUUGUAACUCCCCCCCCCCCAUUGAUUUUGUUUUGACUUUAUUUCAUAUUUUCUUACAAAGGAAUGUGGAUUCUGGGCCUCUGAUAACAAGUAGGCCACUGGGGACAGAUACUUAAAUCUACAGGAUGGGUUGUGUUUUGGCUUCUGUUAUUUUAUUUAUAUUUAUUGUUUAUUUAAUAAAGUUUAUUUUUAAAAACCUGCAAAACUGUUUACCAAAACAUAAAACAAAACAAAAAAUCACAGCAGUAAAAUCAAGAAAAAUUAACAAGCCUACUUUAAAACAUACAAAAUCUAAACUAUUAAAACAGAUUAAGAUUACUUCAGCUUCCCAAGCAUCUGAGUAAGCUUGCCUAAACAAGUCUGCUUUUAGCAGGUACCUGAAAAGAGUCUAGCAAAGGCACUAUUUAUUGGGAUUUCACCAUGCUCUGUAUUAUCUGAAAAGGAAAACAUUUAUUUAAAAAGCAGGACUGCACAGCCUGGGAGUCUCAUCAUGGACUUAUUCCUGAGCCGACGGUGCAUAAGAUGGGCUAGAAUCCUAUGCACCCCCUGCAUCCAACUUGUACCUAAAAAUCUUCACAAACCUGCGCCAGAGAGUUGUAGACUAGGAAGGGACCCCUGAGGGUCAUCUAGCCAACCCCCUGGGGCAAUGCCGCAAUCUCAACUAGACCAUCCCUGACUGAUGGCCAUCCAGCCUCUUCUCUGUGUGCCUUCUCCAUGAGAGGUCUGGGUGGUGGCAACACAAAAACGAACCUUUUCUGCAGUGGUUCCCCAUUUGGGGGAAGCUCUCCCAAGAGAGGCUCGCCUGGCCCCUUCCUGACAUCUUGAGGUGCCAGGCAAAAACCUUUUUCUAUAACUGGGCCUUUGGCUGGUUAGCAUUCUAUGGCCUUUUAAAUAUGUUUGUGGGAGGAGAGAUCAUUGGUUUGCCUUUGUCUUUGUUUCAUUAUGCGUUUGGUGUUCUAAUUUUGCAUUUUUAUGUUGUGAAUCGCCCUGUAAACUUUGGAUGAAGGGCAGGAUACACACCUAAUAGUAGUAGUAGUAGUAGUAAUAAUAAUAAUAGCAGCAGCAGUGAACAGCUACAGUUAAUCAGGGGUGCCAACUUGAAUAAAAUAUUAGGAGGAGUAGGCAUCGGGCAUAGCCAGGAUUUAUGUUAAGGGGCAGAAUCUCAUUUAAUUAAGGAUUUAAUUCUCCCCAUCGGACGCCCAUGGACCCAAGUAAGCCCCACCCUGCAAAACUGAUCACAAGAUGCAGCGUGCACACACCAGUUGAAUGGCAAUGCCCAUUAACGGGGUGGGGGCCUCAAAUAUUUCAUGGGGGAACCAAAGGGACCUUGCUGCCCUGGGGUAUGCCAAUCUAUGAGGAAGAGAAGCAGGCUUUGUUGCUCUCUCUCCCACCAUCCCCCCUCCCCACUUUUUGGGCUGGGUUUCUACAUCAUUCUGGCAGGCAGAAAUCCAGCAGGUAAGGAGGAUUUCCUGUCAAUAUUGUUGCUGGAAUGUUUGCAGUGACUGUGAGCUUCCAUUGGAUCAUUGUAAUGGAUUGCAUUACAUUGCAUUUGAAUUAUGGUGCAGAGUCCCAUGGACUGCAAGAUGAUCAAACCUUUCCAUUCUGAAGGAAAUCAGCCCUGAGUGCUCACUGGAAGGACAGAUCCUGAAGCUGAGGCGCCAAGACUUUGGCCCCCUCCUGAGAAGAGAAGCCUCCCUGGAAAAGAUGACCUCCAGGCUAGGACGGCGCGAGCCGGGGAGCGCCUCCCUCCACCCCGGGUGCCCCACCUUCCUUCCCCGGCCUGUUUUGGCCCUUCUCCCCCUUUUCUGCCCCUUGUCCAGCCUCCUCCUCUCCGCCCCUCUCACCCCAACUCCCGGGGCGACGCCUGCCAUUUCUCCCCGUCGCUGCUGCGUCUCCUUUGCCUUCUGCCAUGACUCUCCGCUCUCUGACUUGGGGGUCUCCCCCCACCGCGCAUGAACUGAGCAGGGACCCCCAUGCCCCUCCCUGCCCCCUGGGACCCCCUUCUCCCCACGGCACCCUCAGGGGAAAGAGAGAGGAGACUCACCCAGGAAGCUUUUGCCAAGGCGAGAGAAGAAAGCAGCCUCCUCUCGGCUUGCAGGAAGGGAAUUUGGCCAGGGAGGACCUGCGCCCCCUUCACUUCCUGUGCUCUCUAGGAAUCCAGCUCUGCUCCUUUUAACCCUUGCAAAGCUGAAAGCACCAAAUCCUCCCCUCCCUCUCCCUGGCUGCAGUUUUUCCUGCUUCUGCGCCUGAGCUCUAGGGGCUGCCCCUGCUUCCCUCCCUCUUUCUCCCUCUGUGCCAAGGACUCUGCCCCAAGGAGCCCACAUCUAAGCAGACUAACAUAACAGCAAGGGAGACGGGGGUGGCCAUGGGGGGGGUUUACCUUGGCUCUGCCCCUCCCCCAAAAUAGAGGCUCCAGGAUCCCAAGGAAAGGCUGGGAUGGAGAAGAGGCGAAAGUUGCGCAGUGGCAGGAGGUGUCUUGGGCUCAGAAAUGGCUCCAUCAAGAAACCCCUUUUAAAAAACCCCUCCAGCUCAGUGAGUGGGGGGAGGAUGGAGGGGGCAGCUUCCCAGACAGGAGAUCCCCCCCCUCCCAAAAAUGAUCUCCCCCCCCCCCAAGCGGAUUUUGACCCCAUUUCCCACCCGAGCGGGGCCGGACCAAUCAGAAGCCUCUCCAUUGGACAGCUGGCCAAUCCCCUUUCAGAUUCCCCUGGGCCUGGUCUCCUUCGCCUGGUUUCCUGAGGGAGUUUUCCCCCUGAGUUUCCCUCUUGGCUGCUCCCCCUCCCAGCUUCUCCUUCAUUUCUCCUUCAUUCUCUUCCUGUUCCUCUUUCCCCCCAUUGUUUUGGGGGCAGCUGGAUCCACCCCCCCCCCAUGGCCAGGCAGCCCUAGGAGAAGCCCACUGAGGUGGCAGAGCCAGGAGAUGGCAUUUCCCACCCUUUUCCAAAAAAGGCAGGAAUGCCAUGUUGUUUCUUCUGGAAGCCCCAGCCGCUCCCAGGGACGCCAUGGCUUCCCUGUGGGCCUCACGAGUCCCACGCUCUUGGGUUUCUCCUCCCAGCUGAAGGAGGGCGGCACCUUCGGGUUCCAGCGCUCACAGGGCAUCCUCAGCCGCAUUCCUGCCAUGAUGGCUUUGCCUCCACAGGGUAGCCUCUCUCCUCGCCAUGUUGGCCCAGCGGAGGAGGCCUCUCCAUUGGGAGAUGCCAGGCAAGAUGCCUUGGGGGAUCUUCCAGGUUAUCGGCCAGAACAGGAGGAGGGAAAGCCCCAAAGAAGAAGAAGAGGGGCUUUAUCCCCUCAGAGGGGGAAGGUUCCCUCAGGGGAGUUUGACCCCUGGACCAGCUUCCUUCGUCACCCCAAGAGCCAGAACAAGCAGAAGGGCUCCACCUGCAGGCCUAGGGGAAAGAGGGGCUCUUCCCCAGACAAGGCUGGAGACUCCCCUUCUGGCCCCUCGGGGUCCCAGGAGCCCUUUCUGGAUGGCCCUCACUUGCCCCCCAAAUGGGCCAAGACAUCUGUUCCUCCCCCUCAGGCGGUAGUUCAACAGAAGUUGCCCCCACUCCGCAUCCCUACGGGUCUCAGGGGGCCACUGGAGCCCAGUGGGGGCACUCUGGGGAACUGGUUGAACUGGGCUCCUCCUGGUCUAGCCCAAACAAGAAAGGGAGCUCUCAGAAGAGGAAGCCAUUGCGGAGAGAACCGAGCUUGGCUGUUCUCUGCUGAAGGUCUCCUGUCGUUCUUCCACGGCUUCCUGGGGGCUGCAAUGGCCAGAGGAAGAGACAGCCCCCCCCCAGCCUGAAUCCCCUGCAGAGCCUUUGGGAGCAACCAGAGCUCUUCCUCUUGCCAUGGCUAAGCCUGCCUUAGUUUCCUUCCCCAAGGCCUUGGAGGUGUAGGGAUGAUCGCGGGGUCCUGAAGGAGCACACUCCCCACCCACAGGCAGCCACAGUCUGCCUGCACGCGUGACCUUGGGGUGCGGGGCACACACCCCCUCACAGACAAGCCACAGCUGUCUGAAUAUCGUAUCCUCUGUCUAACCUUUUGCGGUCUCAGUAGUCUGCAGUGUCCUGUCUGUAACCUUUGUCUCGGAGACCUUUUGUCUCCUUCGUCUUAUACUGUGCAAGGGGAAAAUGAUGCAGUGGAAACAGGUGCCAAAAUAACUUUGUACCACCCCACUAUCUCGGGACUGGAAGAUGUGUAAAGGUCACAGCCCAAAAUGUAUCUGCCUGGGUUUGCAUGUUUGUGUCAAUAAAAGGAGGCUCCACAGGGCUGGCUGGCAGCUUGCAUGCAGCUCACCUGUGCGCAGCUCACCUGCAUUAUCAACUCCUGCCUCAUGUCCAUCACUUCAGGAGGAACCUUGUGGUGCGGAAGGGGGAACCCCAAAUGGCAAACGGGGAAAGGAAAACUAUACAGCAUCUUUCCAGAUGAGUCAACGAAUCGCCUCCAAGUUCCAGGGACUGAUCCGCCCUGGCUUCCUCCUUGGAGGUCACUUCCGAAGGAGAAGGGGUCCCAGGUCUCCAUGGCGGAAACGGGGGAAAGCGUCCCUGAGUCCUGCGUUCGAAGCUGAUACUUUCGCCUUUCAGGCUUUGGCCACCUUUUCCGUGGUGUUUAUGUGAGCUGUAGAGAUGGGAUCGCAUGCAGACAUUCCCUAGUUUAAUAAGGAUCCUGUGAAAAAGAUGGGCUCUGCUUUGGAAUAAUGCCCCCCCCCAAACA